GGAGGUGGAGGACGGGGAGAGAAGCAGAAGGAGGCUCCGGGAGUCAGCGAAAACAAAAAGGGUCAGGCCUGGGACUUGGCAAAACGGGGGACCCAAACGAGGGAGGAUCAUUUGGUCAUUUCCCCCACCCCCACCCCCCCCACCCCUUUUUUUGCUCCAUGGUUUUUUGAUUUGAUCUUUUGCGGCUUUUGUAUUGUAUUGGACACUUUUUUUUUGCGGCGAUGCCAUCCAAUACAGUUACCACCACUGCUGCGUUCAAAAGCUCCGACUUCAACUGUGACAGUGGUGGAAACCGCAUGGCUGAGAGUCCCAGCCUGGGGAAGGAGGCAGCGGCGGACAGGCUGGCGAUCCGCAAGGUCGGACGGCCCAGCCGCAGGCGCAAGCACCUCCCCGUGGAGAGCUGUGGAUCACUGAAAGAGCUGGUGGGUGUAGCUAAGAAUCACCGAGGGGUGGAGCUCCAGUCCUGCUCACAGGUUCAGGUUCAGAAUGGGGAUUCAGGGGAGAGGCACGGCAACAGAUCCUUAGACGGCUCGUACCUCGCGCAGGACAAGGGCGCUCUGGAAAAUGGCCUCCCUCGCCAGACAGGCUGCAGGGCACAGUGCCCUGCUGACCCGAGCAUGAGCCCCUCUCUGGAGAACGGAUUUGCCACCAUCCGCGACGAGCACGACUCCGAGAAGGACACGGACGAGACGCUGUCAACUCUGCCUCGGAAGAAGCGAGGGAGACGGAAACUGGAGCGGCCGACUAAAUACGUUGAACACAAGGAGGACGAGGGUGGGGACUCUUUGAAGAAUGAGCAGGGAGCUCGAGGCAGGCUCCGUGGGGGAGUGGGCUGGGAGGUCAGCCUGCGGCAGAGGCCCAUGCCCCGAGUAACCUUCCAGGCCGGUGACCCUUAUUACAUUAGCAAGAGGACCAGGGAGGAGUUGCUGGCCAAGUGGAAGCUGGAGGCAGAGAAGAAGGCCAAGCUGGUGUCCGUGAUGAACUCGAUGGAGGAGCGCGGAGUGGUGGGGGCCGAACCCCAGAAGGCCGGCGUCUCCGCCAGCAGACCCCUGCACCCAAUCCCCGCGCCGCCGCCGCCGCCGCUGCCGGCCCUGCAGGAACAGCAGCUAGCUCCGCCUCAGACCCUCCCCAAAGCCCCGCCCCUGCCGCAGCCGCAGUCGCAGCCGCAGACGCAGACGCAGCCGCAGACAGACCCCGCCUCCCCGACGGUGGCCACCACCCCGGAGCCCGUGCCUAUAGGGGACGGGGACAAGACCUCUCCCAAGUCCACAGACACAGAGGCCGAGUACGAGGAUGGCCGAGGGUUCGGGAUCGGUGAGCUGGUGUGGGGGAAGCUGCGCGGAUUCUCCUGGUGGCCUGGACGCAUCGUCUCCUGGUGGAUGACCGGACGAAGCCGAGCCGCCGAAGGCACCCGAUGGGUGAUGUGGUUCGGUGAUGGCAAAUUCUCUGUGGUCUGCGUUGAGAAACUGUUGCCUUUGAGUUCUUUCUGCAAUGCUUUUCACCAGCCAACGUACAACAAACAGCCAAUGUAUAAGAAAGCCAUCUUUGAGGUGCUACAGGUAGCCAGCAGUCGAGCGGGAAAAGUGUUCCUCACCUGCCCGGAGAGCGACGACACCGACACGUCCAAGUCGGUAGACAUGCAGAACAAGCAGAUGAUCGAAUGGGCCAUGACGGGUUUCCAGCCCACUGGCCCUAAAAGCCUGGAACCACCUGAAGAGGAGCGCAACCCGUAUAAAGAAGUGUACCCAGAGAUGUGGGUGGAGCCAGAGACUGCAGCCUACACCCCCCCGCCUGCAAAGAAACCCCGCAAGAGCACCGGCGCGGAGAAGCCUAAGGUCAAAGACAUCGUUGACGAGAGGACCCGAGAGAGGCUCGUGUAUGAAGUGCGACAGAAGUGCAGGAACAUCGAAGACAUCUGCAUCUCCUGCGGGACGCUGAAUGUUAGCCUCGAGCACCCGCUCUUCACCGGAGGGAUGUGUCAGAGCUGUAAGAACUGCUUCCUGGAGUGUGCAUACCAGUACGACGAUGAUGGCUACCAGUCUUACUGCACUAUCUGCUGUGGGGGUCGGGAAGUUCUCAUGUGUGGAAACAAUAACUGCUGCAGGUGUUUCUGUGUGGAGUGCGUGGACCUGUUGGUGGGGCCGGGGGCAGCGCAGGCGGCCAUUAAGGAGGACCCGUGGAACUGCUACAUGUGCGGGCAGAAGCCCCAGUACGGUCUGCUGGAGAGGCGCGUGGACUGGCCCAGCCGCCUACAGCACUUUUUCGCCAACAACCACGACCAGGACUUCGAUCCUCCAAAGCUAUACCCUCCGGUCUUGGCAGAGAAGAGAAAGCCCAUUCGUGUUCUGUCGCUCUUCGACGGCAUUGCCACAGGGUUGCUGGUGCUGAAGGAGCUGGGUAUUCAAGUGGAGCGCUAUGUGGCGUCUGAGGUAUGCGAGGACUCCAUCACCGUGGGGAUCGUGCGGCACCAGGGGCGCAUCAUGUACGUGGGCGACGUGAGGAACGUCACGCGCAAACACAUUCAUGAGUGGGGUCCUUUUGAUCUCGUCAUCGGUGGAAGCCCAUGCAAUGAUCUGUCCAUAGUUAAUCCAGCGCGGAAAGGUCUCUAUGAGGGCACUGGCCGGCUGUUCUUUGAGUUUUACCGGCUUUUGCACGAAGCGCGUCCUAAGGAAGGAGACGAGAGGCCAUUCUUCUGGCUGUUUGAGAACGUGGUGGCCAUGGGCGUCAGUGACAAGAGAGACAUCUCUCGCUUUCUAGAGUGCAACCCGGUGAUGAUUGAUGCCAAGGAAGUGUCUGCCGCGCAUCGCGCCCGCUACUUCUGGGGUAAUCUGCCCGGCAUGAACAGACCUCUGACGGCCAUGUGUACUGACAAGCUGGACCUUCAAGACUGUCUGGAGCAUGGCAGGACAGCUAAGUUUGAUAAGGUGAGGACCAUCACCACUCGGUCGAACUCCAUAAAGCAGGGUAAAGACCAGCACUUCCCUGUUUAUAUGAAUGACAAAGAGGACAUCCUGUGGUGCACUGAGAUGGAGAGGGUCUUUGGCUUCCCUGUCCACUACACAGACGUGUCCAACAUGAGCCGGCUGGCCAGGCAGCGGCUACUGGGCCGCUCGUGGAGUGUGCCUGUCAUCCGCCACUUGUUCGCACCACUCAAAGAGUACUUCGCCUGCGUGUGAAGCCCUGCUCACAGAGAGCCGCAGAGGAAACCCAAACUGGUGUAUGAAAUAACAAGAGCCUUGUGUAUUAUUUACAAUAUAAACAUCAAAGUAGUUAUUUCAUGUUAUUUCUUAUGUUUUUUAAAAUAUUGACUGUUUU